CAAGCUGCUGGAUGUAGAAGGAAAGUAGGUCGUGCACACAGAAAAUGCCUCUAAGGGACAAGUGUUGUCAGACUGACCAUCAUCACCAUGGGUGCUGUGAACCAGUGUAUUUGUUAGAACCUGGUGAUCCUCCUUUGUUACAGCAACCUCUGCAGAUGUCAAAAUCUGGUAUUCAACAAAUUAUCGAGUGCUUUCGAUCAGGAACUAAACAACUUAAACAUAUCUUGUUAAAAGACGUGGACACCAUUUUUGAAUGUAAAAUAUGCCGCAGUCUCUUCAGAGGAUUACCAAACUUAAUUACUCAUAAAAAGUUCUAUUGUCCUCCAAGUCUCCAGAUGGAUGACAACCUCCCAGAUGUCAAUGAUAAACAAAGCCAAGCUGUAAAUAAUCUCCUGGAAGCCAUUUAUCCUAGAGUGGACAAACAAGAAUAUGUAAUUAAGCUAGAACCUAUAGAAACAAAUCAGAAUGCUGUGUUUCAGUACGUUUCAAGAACUGACAACCCAGAAGAGAAUAUUGAGAUUAGCAGUAGUCCUGAUCAAGCUCCAUUACAAAUACAGGAACCUACCACUGAGCAACCCAAAACUGUUUCAACUCCAGAUACAGAAACUUUAGAAUCGCCACCUGCUGAUGCGGAAAUAAAUGUAAUGCCGACUCCUGAUGAACAACCUCCAGCAUUAAAUCCUGAAUUGGACUCUUCUGAUAAUUCUGAUUUUGGCCACCAGUUGAUUUGUUGUUUAUGUAGAAAAGAAUUUCAUUCCAGACGUAGUGUACGUCGGCACAUUAGAAAAGUACACAAAAAAAAGAUGGAAGAACUAAAGAAGUACAUAGAAACAAAAAAGAAACCAAAUCAGCGCUCCACAAAAGGACGAAAUAAGAAUGUGCUUGUAACAUUAGGUAGAAGUUGUCCUGUAUGUUAUAAAUCAUUUGCUACAAAAGCCAAUGUAAGGAGGCAUUUUGAUGAAGUUCAUAGGGGGUUAAGGAGGGAUUCCAUUACUCCUGAUAUAGCUACAAAGCCUGGGCAACCUUUGUUCUUGGAUACAGUUUCUGCUAAAAAAUCUUUUAAGACCCGAAAACAAAAGUCUUCCUCAAAGGCUGAAUACAAUUUAACUGCAUGCAAAUGCCUUCUGUGCAAGAGAAAAUAUAGUUCACAAAUAAUGCUUAAAAGGCAUAUGCAAAUUGUUCACAAGAUAACGCUUUCAGGAAAGAACUCUAAAAGAGAGAAAGGACCCAAUAAUACUGCCAACGGCACAGAAAUAAAAGUAAAAGUUGAACCAGCAGAUUCUGUAGAAUCUUCAACCCCUUCCAUCACCCUUUCUCCACAGAAUGAGUUAAAGGGAACAAGUCAUUCAAAUGAGAAAAAGAACACACCAGCAGCACAGAAAAAUAAAGUUAAGCGAGACCUUGAAAACCCUAAAUCAACUAAUCCAUCUGCUGCAGGUGGCCAGCAAAAAACAAGGAAGCCAAAACUUUCAGCUGGCUUUGACUUCAAGCAGCUUUACUGUAAACUGUGUAAACGCCAAUUUACUUCUAAACAGAACUUGACAAAACACAUUGAGUUGCACACAGAUGGAAAUAACAUUUAUGUUAAAUUCUACAGGUGUCCUCUCUGCACUUAUGAAACACGUCGCAAACGUGAUGUGAUAAGGCAUAUAACUGUAGUUCAUAAAAAGUCAUCACGUUACCUUGGUAAAAUAACUGCAAGUUUAGAAAUCAGAGCAAUAAAAAAGCCUAUUGAUUUUGUUCUAAAUAAGGUGGCAAAAAGAGGCCCUCAGAGGGAUGAAGCAAGACAGAUUGGUUCAAAACAGGAUGUCGCCUCUAACUCACCGAGUAAAAAGUUUGAAGGAGCUGAUGUUGGCAUAGAAGUAAAAGUCACAAAAAACUUUUCUCUUCACAGAUGCAAUAAAUGUGGAAAGGCAUUUGCCAAAAAGACUUUUCUAGAACACCAUAAGAAAACUCACAAGGCAAAUGCAUCUCAUUCACCAGAAGAAAACAAAACCAAAGGCAGAAGUACAAGAUCAAAAGCUCUUGUCUGAUAACUUCAAGUGGUGUACGGAAAGUUUGGAGUUCAUUUGAGUGGAAAGUCUUUAAUUUGGUGUUAGAACCA